CCCUGGGGUUUCGGCCCCUGGUGAUAUCUAUGGAGCCCAGGACGCCCCCUGCGUCGCUGCCUGGGGCUGUCCGCUGUCACCACGGAGCUCAUUCUAAGCACAGGGCUCAGGGUUUAUUUUUGGACUGCCAUGGAGACUGUUUCUUCCAUUUGGAGGAAGGGGGUAGAGCUGAGCUCAACAUGAACUUCCCGCUCUGACACUCCGGGCUGGGACGAGCAGGCAGCAGCCAAGCGCCCCUGAGCUGCACCCUCACAGGGGACACAGUCUGGAGUGUUUGCCAUCUAUAAUAAGCUCUGUACCUGGGGUUGUUUUGUCAUGGCUGUCAGUUACAGCAGCGUUACCCAGCCAGCCCUGCUUGCCCAGCAGUACCCUCCAGCCCUGCUGCCCAAGCCUGGCAAAGAUAACGCCCGGCUUCAGAAACUACUCAAGAAAUCCGCCAAGAAAAAGGCAGCACCUCAGACCAUACAGACACCAGCUCCUUUCCGCUCAAGUCUGUCUCCUGUGAACGAAGCGAGUGCCGACCUAGAGCACAGCGACCACUCCACUCCUCCCAAAACCCCAGAGACCCCUUCAUAUGCCUCGCAGCCGCCCAGGUUCAGCGUCAGACCACUCUAUCAGCAUGUGUCGUCUCCCUAUCCUCAGCAACGGGGAAUUUCAUACGGCAGAAGAGCCUUGUUCUCCCCACAGCCCUUCUCUCCUCCAGCCAACGUGCACCCUCCGUACUUCUACAGCCCUCCGCCCCCGCACGCUGGGCUCCCGGUGGUGCCAGGGUCAGUCACUCAGGCAGUGACAACACUGACACCUGGGCCAACUUCCUCUGUGUCUAAAAUAACAAUGCCAACUGUUGAAAUGAGAAUACCAGCUCCCAUUCCAGUUGUUGAGACAGUUUCACACACGAUCAUAAGACCUACUACUGUGAUAAGCCCGCUGAUGAAGCCUAGGAGUCCACGUCCGACAUUUAAAGCGUCGCUUUCUAGAUCACCCAAACCCAUGUUUGAGGUUCCUCAGAUUCAGAUGUAUACUGCAAAUACAUAUGAGGUCAUAAAAACUCCUCUGCAUGAUUCUACUGGAUUAUCUGCAAUUGGAGGCACAACAACACAAAGAAGAACUCCUACAUCAGAAUUAAGAAGAGGUCUGACACCUACAUCAGAAGUCAAAAGAGUUUUAACUAACACAUCAGAAAUCAAAAGAAGUGUUACACCAACAUUAGAUGUGAAGAGAGGUCUAACUCCUACGUCUCAAGUCAAAAGAACUGUGACACCAACAUUGGAGGUGAAGAGAGGUUUGACUCCUACAUCAGAAGUCAAAAGAGCUUUAACUCCUACAUCAGAAGUCAAAAGAGCUUUAACUCCUACAUCAGAAAUAAAAAGAGCUUUAACUCCUACAUCAGAAGUCAAAAGAGCUUUAACUCCUACAUCAGAAAUAAAAAGAGCUUUAACUCCUACAUCAGAAAUAAAAAGAGCUUUAACUCCUACAUCAGAAAUAAAAAGAGCUUUAACUCCUACAUCAGAAGUCAAAAGAGCUUUAACUCCUACAUCAGAAAUAAAACGAAGUUUGACACCAACAUCGGAUGUGAAGAGAGGUCUAACUCCAACAUCAGAAAUCUUAAGGCCUAAGACUCCAACUUAUGAUUCUUCAUUAUCAAGAACGUCUUCUGGCCGUCCAAAGACUCCAUCCUAUCAUGUCACUCGUUCCAAAACACCUGUUUUUGAAAUAUCACGACCCAAUCCACUUCUAUUUGCUGUCUCACCAAUUACUACAGAGACACAGAGAUCAAAAUCACCUUCCCCGGUCUCUCCAACAUCUCCAGCAACAGAGACCGAACAAUCAAAUGAGCUAGUGAAUGCUAAAAAUGCAGCUACACCAAAUGGAGUGAUUAGUUUACAUGAAAAUGUUUCUAAACCAGAUGCUCCCAGACCAGAGACUAUAGAAGUAGUCAAGUCCACAAGACCAAAGACCCCCACAGCUCCACUUGGCCAUCAGAGACCCAAGACCCCCACGGCUCCACUGGGCCAUCAGAGACCCAAGACCCCCACAGCUCCACUGGGCCAUCAGAGACCCAAGACUCCGACAAAUGUUUCACCAAAACCAACAACAACCUCAUAUGGGUAUCAAAGACCUAGGACCCCUUCAUAUGAGUCUCAUGUGACACCAACCUAUGGAUAUCAGAGGCCUAAAACUCCCUUGUAUGAAGGGCCAAAACCUCCCACUCCUGCAACUCAGACGCCCAAAACCCUCACCUAUGAGCCUGCCAGGCCUCCAAUUCAGUCACUCAGAAAUCAGAGACCAAAGACUCUUAUUUAUGGAACGUCACCGCAAGUCUCACCUUCAGCAUUUCAAAGGCCCAAAACACCAACCCACGUAGCCCACCAACCAAAGUCAACAUAUUAUGGAUUGACUCCUGCUGAAUAUGUUGCACAUGGAGGAAUCCAAAGUUACACACCCUCAUUUGGGUUGUCUCGGUCUAAGACACCAACACAGGAAGAAUCUAAAAACACAGCACAUGCAUCGGAAGAAUCGAACACAGCUCAGCAGGAGACAGUCGGGAAAACACAACCUCUGGUUGAAGAAACCCACAAAGAGGACAAAACCAUUUUGAAACAGGAAGUGACACCCACUCCAGCUAUAAUGGUUCCAACUAUAGUUGUUUCCCAAGCUUCAGAUGCCACAACUGUUUCUUCACAUGAACCUCAGAUUGCAGAGACACCAAGAGUCCAACCUGUUUUACAGGAGACACCAAAGGUUAGUGCUCCAGAAACUAAAAUAGGGAUUAAAACACCAGCAAAGAAGACAGAGCAAAGCCCAGUACCUGAUGCCCCAAAGCCAAAGACACCUAUCACUGGCGUCAAACCACCCAUACUUCCUCCUGCAAACAUCAACUCUGACAGCAACAAAGCACCUCUUGCCAAAGAUGCAAAGCAAACCGCAGAAAAAGUACAUGGUACUGUCACAAAAAUCAGUCAACAAUCAGUAGACACUAAAGAGCCACCCAAGAUCAAAGCACCCAUCAAACAAAUUGACAGCACAAAAAUGGUAGAAACCGUGUCAACCACUUCAACUCCCAUUGAGAAAGACUCAGCUACUCCAAAGGCUGUUACUGAGAGUCCGAUGCCGAUCAAACAGAUGGACACAAAUCAGGACAAGGUCAAACCUGUUCCCACCCUUGUUCCCUCCACACCUCCUUCAUCAGCCUCAGAGACGAAAGACACCGGCAAUGAUUUGCCAGCAGCAGAACCUCUUCUUAAAGUUAUUAAAAAACCAAAGGGCAUGAAAUCGAAACUCAGUGGUUGGUCGCGCCUCAAGAAGCAUAUGGUGGUGGAGGUGGAGGAGCCAAAGUUUCCAGAGACAGAGUGUCAAAGUGAAGCCAAGAAGGAAGAUGGACCCAAGAUAAGUGAAACUAAAGAUGAGGAUAAGACGGCCGUGAAGGCGAGUGAGAAGUCGGGGAGCAACGAUGGAGACGAGAGCGAACCACCGAAGCCCAAAACCAUUCAGAUGUGGGAUGCUGUCCUGUUCCAAAUGUUCUCCACCAAAGAGAACAUCAUGCAGCAGAUCGAAGCUAGCAAAAGUGGGGAUGAGAAAGAGGAUUUAAAGGAUGUAGCUAAAGAAGUCCCAGCAUUUGCCCAUCGUCUUCCCGUGCUCCUGUUCAGCCCGAGGUUUGACGCCAAGCGGCUGAGGGAGGCAGCAUCCAGGCCACUGACGAAAAUUUCAACCGUGUUUGAGAUGGCUUUGAUAGGUCGCAAAAACAAAGAAGAGGAACCAAAAGACUUUAACAGAACAGCAAGAGGGUUCGCUGCUCCUUAAGCUACAUCUGCUUCGACUAGUAAAUUGAGAUGAACAUGUUUCAGUGUGUUAUUGUGUACAGGUCUAGAAAUGUUAGUGACUAUGUACAGGUUCCUUGUCUCUGCUUGAAUCUGAAUGACCUUGAUGGCAGUUUCUAGAAGAAUUGGUCUGACCUUUAUACUUGACAAAUAUUGCAUUUGGAGUGCCAGCUGUGUGACUGAUUGUUUCACCGUUAGUUUUGUGUCUUCAUGUCCCUUUUUCUGGUAUAUGAAACAAUUCCCUUCAUAAAAAGAAGAAGAGAUAUCUUUGUCUUAAAGGAUUUUAGACUUCUUCUGCGAGAGAAUUAAAGUGUACAUGAUUUAAUUAA